UUCUUCGCCUCCUUCCGCAUUUCUGGGCCCAGCUGCAGACGGAGCGACGGCUCGGGACAAGGGCAAGGCUGUAGAAAUUUGGUGUGCAGGAACAUGUCCCAGUCAGCUGAAAAAGUAAAGUUUUCUGACUCUGCUGGCUAUGUGGGUUUUGCCAAUCUCCCCAACCAAGUCCACCGGAAGUCGGUCAAGAAAGGGUUUGAAUUCACCCUCAUGGUUGUCGGAGAAUCCGGUUUGGGCAAAUCCACUUUAAUUAAUAGUUUGUUCCUGACGGAUUUGUAUCCUGAACGCUACAUCCCUGGAGCUGGAGAAAAGAUCGAAAGGACGGUUCAGAUCGAAGCUUCAACCGUCGAAAUUGAAGAGCGAGGGGUCAAGCUGCGGUUGACGGUCGUGGACACUCCGGGCUAUGGAGAUGCCAUUAACAGCCAAAACUGUUUCAAAACCAUCAUCCAUUAUAUCGACAAUCAGUUUGAAAGAUACCUUCACGAUGAGAGUGGUUUGAAUAGACGCCAUAUUGUAGACAACCGAGUCCAUUGCUGCUUUUAUUUCAUUUCCCCUUUUGGACAUGGACUGAAACCUUUGGAUGUGGAAUUCAUGAAGGCAAUUCAUGGAAAAGUGAAUAUUGUUCCUGUCAUAGCGAAGGCAGAUACUUUAACUUUGAAGGAAAGGGAACGACUGAAGAGAAGGGUGUUAGAUGAAAUAUCUGAGCAUGGCAUCCGGAUUUACCAGCUGCCUGAUGCCGAUUCCGACGAGGACGAAGAGUUCAAAGAACAGACAAGGGUCCUGAAGGCCAGUGUUCCUUUCGCUGUGAUCGGGUCCAACCAGCUGAUCGAAGUGAAGGGGAAAAAGAUCCGAGGUCGCCUCUACCCCUGGGGGGUGGUGGAAGUGGAGAAUCCCGAACACAACGACUUCCUCAAGUUGCGCACGAUGCUGGUGACACACAUGCAAGAUCUCCAAGAAGUAACCCAGGAUUUGCAUUACGAAAACUUCCGGUCGGAGAGAUUAAAAAGGACUGGCAAGCCUGCGGAAGAAGAAGUCAUGGACAAAGAUAGGAUCCUUCAGCAGAAGGAGGCCGAGUUGCGUCGUAUGCAGGAGAUGAUCGCUCAAAUGCAAGCCCAGAUGAGGAUGAAACCUGCAGACGAGUAAGGAGGCAUCCUAAGAGUUUGACACGGGGGACUCGGUGGUCUUAAAGACUCAGGGGUCAUGAACUGAAAUUGAAUUUCAAUGAUGACACUAAUGGAUUUGGAGAGGUUCAUGCUUGGAUGGCGGACCAGGAUAUGAUGCAGUGCAGCUAAAAACCCUUGGAAGUUCACAUUGGAAAAAAUUGAACCCACCUGUCCACGUAUACGUAUAACCAUCGCUUAUAUCUCCUUUCAUGUCUUGCUAUGCAUGAAAUGUAGCAUCAUGAUAUGGAACAAUAUUAUUUUUCUCCCUCCUUUUGCAUCCUUCGAUGUGUCUCUUGCAUUGUUUAAAAUCCCCAACGAACAUGGCACGUUGCAUCUGAUGAGCUUUAGAAGCAGGACUUAAUUCCAUUUUUCUCUUCUGCUCAGGUGGCUCUGGAUACAUUUCUACCCUUUUCUUUCUUUCUCUUUCUUUCUUUCUUUCUUUCUUUCUUUCUUUCUUUCUUUCUUUCUUUCUUCUUUCUUUCUUUCUUUCUUUCUCUCUCUCUCUCUCUCUCUCUCUCUCUCUCUCUCUCUCUCUCUCUCUCUCUCUCUCUCUCUUUUCCUUCCUUCCUUCCUUCCUUCCUUCCUUCCUUCCUUCCUUCCUUCCUUCCUUUCUUCAUUAAGCAAAUUCGCGCAUCUUUACUAUAAACAUGCCCUGUCGGAAUUAUAUUUUAGUUUAAGACUUGCCGAAUUCUUCUGAGCCUUGUGAGUUGUAGAUACAUUUAUUUGCAGCCUAGCUAGGUACAUUUAUAGCAUUCUUCUCUCUGCUUUGUAAAAAAAUGUUUGUAGGUCACAUGGGAUCAAAUUCUUCCUUUCUGGUGCUCCCUUAAAAAAAAAAUACGGUACAGAACAUAUAACUUGCCAAGCAUGUGAAAAACUUGGAGAGUUUCACCCACAAUGCCUUAAAAAUCAUGGGUAGAACGUUACACGCCCAUCUUUUCUAAAAGAAAUUUCUAAAUUUCUUUCUAAAAAAAAUCAGUCAUGGGUUGUUGGUUUUUUUGGGGUUGUCACCGUGUUUUCUAUCCAAUUUAAGCUCUGUUCAGUUGAGAGAACGAUGAUAUAAAUCCUCAAAGGUUUUUAUAGGCAUCAUGACACUAAUUUUCUGGACCGUUUUUGUAAUAAAUGGAAUCAACCUGACAAAAA